AUUCGCUUUCACUUCUAUUUGUCAUUCUGACAUUUCACGCCAUAAAGAAAAGUUCAUCAGCACAAUACGAAAUCGCGUGUAAUUUGUAGGGGAAUAAAUUCCAGAAUUUACAAAAUUACUUAAAAGCAACUAUAAAACGAAUAAAAAGAUCACGUUUUCAGAAGCCUAACAUUUGGCGCUUGUGUACUCUAUACUCUAAGAAAAAACCCCGAUUUCAAAACAAAAUUUCUCGAAAAUCAGUUUACAUUUUGAACUACAAUGCCGUUGCCUAGUGGAGCUUACGGUCAAGCACAAGGACCAACAUGUUUUGAUAAAAUGAAGACUGGUUUCACGAUUGGUUUCUGUGUGGGCAUGGCUAGUGGUGCGCUUUUCGGGGGAUUUUCCGCUUUACGGUAUGGCUUGCGCGGACGAGAAUUGAUUAAUAACGUGGGAAAAGUAAUGAUACAAGGUGGUGGCACAUUUGGCACUUUCAUGGCUAUUGGAACCGGCAUACGUUGCUAAGCCUUUAUCGUUUUGGUGUGAGCAAUGGCAAACAUAUUUUUGGAAUUUUUACAUUACGUUAAGUUUUGGUUAAUCGUUUAAAAGACUUAAGUUUACUCAUUACUGAAACACAUAAAUGUGAGGCACGUGUUUUUGAAAUAAACAUAUUUUGUUUUUGAAAAUUAAGCGCUUGCAGAUCUACCGUUGCGGUGUUGUGUAUAGAGUUCUCAUUGUUAUCAAUACUUAAAACAAUUUAAUAAAAAAGGUAUUCUAAGUUACACAAAAAGA